AUGGGUAAAGGUGACCCUAGCACGCCGCGGGGCAAGACCUGCCGGGAAGAGCACAAGAAAAAGCACCCGGACUCUUUGGUGAACUUCGCCGAGUUCUCUAAGAAGUGUUCGGAGAGAUGGAAGACCAUGUCUGCCAAGGAAAAUUCCAAGUUUGAAGACUUGGCAAAAAGUGAUAAAGCUCACUACGACCGGGAGAUGAAAAAUCAUGUUCUUCCCAAAGGUGAUAAGGGCAAGAAAAAAGAUCCCAAUGCUCCGAAAAGACCACCAUCUGCCUUCUUCCUGUUUUGCUCUGAACAUCGCCCAAAGAUCAAGGGUGAGCACCCGGGCCUCUCCACUGGGGAUACUGCAAAGAAAUUGGGCGAGAUGUGGUCUGAACAGUCGGCCAAAGAUAAGCAGCCCUAUGAGCAGAAAGCAGCUAAACUGAAGGAGAAAUAUGAGAAGGAUAUUGCUGCAUAUUGUGCCAAGGACAAAAGUGAAGCAGGAAAGAAGGGCCCUGAUAGGCUAACUGGCUCAAAGAAGAAUGAGCCAGAAGAUGAGGAAGAGGAGGAGGAAGAGGAAGAAGAGGAAGAUGAGGAGGAAGAGAAUGAAGAUGAAGAAUAAAUGGCAACUGUGUGUGGAACGUGUGUGUGCACUCAGGCAAUUGUUUUGCUAAGAAUGUGAAUUCAAGUGCAGCUCAACAUUAGCUUCAGUAUAAAAACUGUACAGAUUUUUGUAUAGUUGAUGAU